AUGACUCACUACCACUCCACAAGAGUGGCAUCGGCAGAAGGCCUGAGCCAAGGAAGCUUAAAGGAGGUGAAGUGCCAGACUGGCAGUGCACAAUCCCAGCCUGGACUCCCUGAUUCUGCCCCCCACACCUCUCCUCCACCGUACAAUGCUCCUUUACAGCCUCCUCCCCCACCCCCACAGGAUGCCCCCAUCCCUGGUUACAGUGACUCCCCACCUCGCCACCAUUCAGCCACCCUACCCCGCCUUCCUCCCGACCCUUACAUGCAGGAAACCCAGUUCAAUGGCGCACCCCAGGGCUAUGUAGUUCAGACACAUCCACCUGUCGGAACCCUACCUAUCGGAGGGUAUAUGCACCCAGGGUAUCCUGUCCAGCUGCAGCCCUGCACAGCAUACGUACCAGUCUACCCUGUUGGGGCGCCAUACCCUCAGGGCAACCCUCCUCCACCACCAGCUCUUUCUCCAACACAGAUGACUCCUGGCAUUGCCAUCCUGGAACCACGGCGCCCACCACACGAUUACCUUCCCAUCGCAGUCCUCACCACUAUCUGCUGCUUCUGGCCCACAGGCAUCAUUGCCAUAAUCAAGGCUGUACAGGUGCGGACUGCAGUUGCUCGUGGUGACAUCGUCUCGGCAGAAAUCGCCUCACGGGAGGCCCGCAACUUCUCCUUCAUCAGCCUAGCUGUGGGCAUUGCCGCCAUGGUUCUGUGCACCAUCCUCACUGUGGUGAUCAUCAUAGCUUCCCAGCACCACGACAAUGAUUGGGACCCCUAG